AUGGAUUAUGUUAAAAGUCCUGAAUUUAUUGGCUUGUUAGAGGAAUCAAAUGUCACCAAGGAACCUUGUUAUGAGAAACUAUGCUACUGCAGAAAUAAAGAAUUGCAAAUCGCCCUAGAUAGAUCAGAAGCCAGAUAUUUUGAUGUAAGCUCGGGUCUUUUCAUGGCAGAUAGUUUGGAAAGUCCUAGAAUAAACGCCAAGAUAAAUGUCGAUUUGAGUAGUGGUUACAGGAAAUUCAGAGUCCUUAGUCGAACUUCACUGACACUUGAUAAUAUACGAGGAACCAAAUAUGUUGCAAUGGAAGAGUUUGAAAGAAAUGAAAAUAAGAAAUUAGAUGAGAAUAUUGUAACGUCGAGGCAUACGUUGUUAGACUUAUUGCAUCUUCCGUUCCAGAAAAGUGCUAUAAUUCAAAACAUUGUAGCAUUUAAUGGGCAGGUAUUUAUGGAAGCAGAACAGAGGCCUCAAAGAAGAGCAGAUGCUAGUAGUAUGACCGGUUAUAAUUUUGAAGAAGUUAUGACUUGUGCCGAAAAUGAAAUUCAUAACUCUAAACCUUUUGAAUUCAUACCUGCAGUCAAUAAUGCAAUAAAAUAUAAUUCAAUGAUAAACCAUACAUUCCCGGAGACGGGACUAUCUGUUCUAGUAUCAUGCGAAAUUGAUUCCAUUAAACGAAGACUGGAAGAAUUGGCGGCACUCUACGACAAGAUUGAAUUCAAAUACAAAAUUCUUGAGAAUAAUAUUGAAAUGAAGUCUCGUAAAAUAGGUAGUCGCAAUAAUCUUAUAAAGGCAAUUCUCCAGUGCUAUUUAGCCGGUACUAAUGAUUUGGUGGUUGGAUAUAGAGAUGACAACUUCAACCUCAAAUAUGUAGAAAAGCUUAACGUAUCAGAGUUGUUGGAAACUUCAAAUAAUCCACUUCUAAAUCGUGCAUUUUUGGAUAAAUGGUUUUGGUUUAUUGCACAGUUUAUAUCUAAAGCCGUGAAAAUGCCACGAGGUUUGGCUCUUCGUCAUCACCAACUUAUUUUCAAUAAGAAUGACAAUGUAAUUUCUAUAGAGUCAUUCAGAUUGAGUCCUUAUCGAUUGGAGAAAACAAUUCUUAGCAGAUUUGUCAAAUGGAGGAGAUAUUUGGCUACAAUGCAGAAACAUCAACUAUCAGUGGAGGCUAAUGUUGGGAUAAUUAAUUAUCCAAACAAAAAGGGCAAGAGACGGAGCAAGAAAAAAGACAAAAAGUCUGAGGAUACAAACUUCAGCACGAAAAUUACAGACCAUAGUAAUAGCAUUUCUAAGUUUGAAGAUAAUGAGCAAAACGAGACUAAUCACAUUACGAAAGUGCUUGAACAUGUUUCCUUAUCAUGA